AAACAGAGAGAAGAGAGAGAGAGAGAGACAGAGGAGUGAAGAAAUGGGAAGGAUAUUCACGGUGGAGCUUGAGGGAAGAUCUUACAGAUGCAGGUUCUGCAGAACCCAUCUCGCUCUUCCUGAUGAUCUUGUUUCUCGGUCGUUCCAUUGCCGCAGAGGAAAGGCUUACCUCUUUAAUCGUUCGGUGAACAUAAGUAUGGGUCCUCUAGAGGAAAGGAUGAUGCUUUCGGGUAUGCAUACAGUAGCUGAUAUUUUUUGCUGUUGUUGUGGACAGAACGUUGGCUGGAAAUAUGAAUCAGCGCAUGAGAAAGCUCAGAAGUAUAAAGAAGGCAAAUUUGUUCUGGAGAGAGGAAGGAUCGUCGAUGAAAUCGAUUUAUCAACUGAGGUUUAUAUCGAUACUCACGGUAGCACAAGCGACACAGAAGAUUCUUGAAAUGUUACCUUACCUUCUUCUUUUUUUGGUGGUAUAAUGUUUGUCAAGAUCAGAGCUUGUUAGUGUAGAAUUCUCAAUUCUGUAGCAUGAUGUUCAUAGAUGUGUAUGGAGCUUGCUGUGUUGUUUAAAAUCUUGGAAACCAUCUCCAAGUUUGAAUAAAUUGUUCUGAUUCAAUAAAUGAAAUUGUUUUUGUUUUAACA